CAACGUUCGAAACUCCACUACUUCCCUAGUUACAAGUUCCAGGCAAAAACCCCAACCACAAAACCCUCCUCCGGUACAGGAUGCUGCUGCUGCAACAGACAACCCUAGUACCUAAAUUCCUACUGUUUUCAAAAUCUGAUUUCAGUUUCAAGCCUUGUUCUUCUUCCCUUUCAACAAGAUUAUCUUUCAUGGACAAAUACACCAAGUCCUCUUCGCUAAAACAGUCUCACAAACAGUUUCAAAGUCCAGUCUUGGCUUGUCAAGCAUCAACUGACACUCACGAUACUUCUUUCCGGAAAGAUGACUUGCCAGUUCAUGGAGUGUCCGAGGUGAUUGUUGGUGUAUUGGGAGGUGGGCAAUUGGGUCGUAUGUUAUGCCAAGCAGCUUCAGAAAUGGCUAUUAAAGUCAUGGUUUUGGACCCACUUACGAAUUGUCCAGCGAGUGCGAUUGCAUAUGAUCAUAUGGUUGGAAGCUUUGAUGAUAGUGCAACAGUUCAGGAAUUCGCAAAAAGAUGUGGAGUGUUGACUGUGGAGAUCGAACAUGUUGAUGCUGCUACAAUGGAGAAGCUUGAGCAGCAAGGAGUUGAUUGCCAACCAAAAGCCUCCACUAUUAGAAUUAUACAAGAUAAGUAUCUCCAGAAGGUUCAUUUUUCUCGGCAUGGGAUUCCCCUUCCUGACUUUAUGCAGAUUGAUGAUCUAGAAGGUGCCAAGAGAGCAGGCGACUUAUUUGGCUAUCCUCUAAUGCUCAAGAGCAAAAGGCUAGCUUAUGAUGGGCGUGGGAAUGCAGUUGCUAAGAGUGAAGAGGAGCUUUCUUCUGCUGUAAAUGCUCUUGGAGGAUUUGAUCGAGGUUUAUAUGUUGAGAAAUGGACACCCUUUGUGAAGGAGCUAGCUGUCAUUGUGGCUAGAGGAAGAGACAAUUCCAUUUCGUGCUACCCUGUUGUUGAAACUAUUCACAAGGAAAACAUUUGUCACGUGGUUAAGGCUCCUGCUGAUAUACCAUGGAAGAUCAGAAAACUUGCCACUGAUGUUGCACAUAAAGCUGUUAGCUCAUUAGAAGGUGCUGGUGUGUUUGCAGUGGAGUUGUUUUUGACAAAGGAUGGUCAGAUCUUACUGAAUGAAGUAGCUCCCAGACCUCAUAAUAGUGGUCAUCACACAAUUGAGUCCUGCUAUACCUCACAAUUCGAACAGCAUUUGAGAGCUGUUCUGGGUCUUCCACUUGGUGAUCCAUCAAUGAAGACUCCUGCUGCUAUCACGUACAAUCUACUGGGUGAAGACGAGGGUGAGCCUGGUUUUCACUUAGCUCACCAGUUGAUUGGAAGAGCAUUGAACAUACAAGGGGCUUCUGUCCAUUGGUAUGAUAAACCAGAAAUGCGAAAGCAACGGAAGAUGGGCCAUAUCACUAUUGCUGGCCCUUCAAUGGGCAUAGUGGAAGCACAGUUAAAAUCAAUGCUGAAAGAAGAAGGUUCUGAGAGUCAGACUGCUGUUACACCGCGUGUUGGGAUCAUUAUGGGCUCUGAUUCAGAUCUUCCUAUAAUGAAGGAUGCUGCAAGGAUUUUGACUGUGUUUGGAGUGCCUCAUGAGGUGAGAAUAGUAUCAGCCCAUCGAACUCCUGAAAUGAUGUUUUCUUAUGCGCUGUCUGCUCAGGACCAAGGCAUCCAAAUCAUCAUUGCCGGUGCUGGUGGUGCAGCUCACUUGCCAGGUAUGGUAGCUUCGUUGACCCCCUUGCCUGUUAUCGGUGUUCCUGUGCGUGCUUCUGCUUUGGAUGGAAUGGAUUCACUCUUAUCAAUUGUACAGAUGCCAAGGGGAGUCCCUGUUGCAACUGUGGCAAUUAAUAAUGCCACAAAUGCAGGUUUGCUAGCAGUAAGGAUGUUGGGUGUUGGUGAUACCGACCUUUUGGCAAGAAUGAGCCAGUAUCAAGAAGAUACAAGGGACGAUGUCUUGAAGAAGGCAGAAAAACUACAAACCGAUGGCUGGGAAACUUAUUUGAAUCCUUGAGUAGUAGAAAACUUGUCUGGUAAUUCUUGUUUUCUGUCCUUUCUGUGUGAUGGACCAAAAUUUUGAGAGUUCUUACCUACCAAUGAAAUUCCUUCAAAACUCAUCCCCACACCACAAUUUUGCAUGUGCAAGCAGAUCGCCAGGUAAUGUGACAGAUAAAAAAACCUGCUGUCCUCAUAUUGAAUUAAGCGAUGCAUUUGGCAUCAUAAGAUAAUUUUGUAGCAUGUUGGAAGUCUGAAAAGCAGAGAAAUUUUAUAAACAAAGAGGGGAGAGAGAGGUAGGUCAUUUUGGAGGGAGAGAGCCUUGUAUCCAUACUUGUAUGAUACCUGUUUUUUUCCCUGUUCAAUCAGUCAAUCAAAGUUAAUUCUUUC